UUCUUUCUUUCUUUGUUUAUUAUUCUCUGGGCGUACAGCCUGCAGCGUGUAGCGUGUUGUGUGGCCAAUCCAUGGCAGCAGCAGCAGCACUCACUUACUGCUGCCACUGCAAGCUUUCCCCAUUCCUCGGCCAAUUUCCCCCUCACUUUGUAAGCGCAUUCCAAAGACCGUGCCUGCCUGCGUUUACCUGUCUUGCUUUGUUUGAUUAGUGAUUACCGCUAAACCACCGACAUGCGUACCGCUUUCAUGUUUCAUCUAUCUAUAUAUUUUCUUAACUUCAGUUGCCUCUUUUGUUUCAUUCUAGCGAAUCUUUUGUUGUUGUUGUUGUUGUUGUUUAUAGCAUGGAAAUUAAUUUUUAAUUGCUGUCUGUCUGUCUGUUUGAUUGAUUGAUGCUUUCUCAGGGGAAAGGGAAAUCAUCAGUUGGACAAAGCGUCAGG